GGAGCUGAAAUGCCUAGAGAACUAGCCAGCCAGGCACAGGAACACAAAACAGCAGACAGGCAAGCACUAUGGAGGCUGCAGCUGCUAAAUUCUUGUUGCAGACUACAGUGACUCAGAUCUGUCACUCUGCCAGAGAUAUCCAGCCGCAUUCUCUCCAUCCAAGAGAACAGCCAGAAAGCAACCCUACAUUAUGGAGACCCUGGAUUCUCACAGCAAGAGAUGCUGAACUGGGACGUCAAGGAAUGUCUGAACUGGACGGUGAUCAGAGAAAUUUUAGCUCAAAAGGAGCUUUGGGGUUUCAGCAUCCAGUGAGACUUUAUUUGCCCAAAUCUAAAUCUCAGAAGUUCCUACACAACAUUGGAAAGAAGGUUCUGGCCAGUUUUCCAGUACAAGCCACAAUUCAUUUCUACAACGACGACUCUGAUUCUGAAGAUGACGAGGAAGGAAGGAAUUCAGCUUUAUAAUGAACAUACUCAGCCUCUGAGGACCAUGUAAAUGAAGAGACAAAAAAUGGCCUCUAAUGUGUUUACUAGCAAAAAUCAUAUAAACCAAAAAACAGAUCUAAAGCUCAUGUGAGAAUCAUCUUCUUGCUGUCAUGUGAAAAAUAGUGGGGAGAUGCAAAUGGCAACAAACAUGGAAGGUUUGUUUUCUUUUUGGGAGGCUUACAGGAACAAAAGUCCUUAGAGCAGUUUUUAGAAUUUUAGGUUGCAAGAGCUUAGUAUGGUCCCCAAACUCACUCUGGCUGGAGUAACAUCUGUAUUAAGACCAUUAAUGUCACUGUUACCAUUGCACUGUGUUCAGCACAAAUGCUAUAUUAUGUUGUGUUGGAAGAUGAAAAUAUAUGCCUGAUUAUGGGAAAAAUAUACAUGCCCCCUACACCUCUCUAAAUUUGAUUUUUUUGGUGAGAUGUGUAAAAUGAGAAACUCAUAUCCAUUGUCCCACUAUAUCGUCUGGGAUUCUGCCUGUAAGCUGCUACAAGUUCUGCUCCCUAAGUAAUCAGAAAAGAGCCCUGCCAUUAAUCAGGGAAAGGUGCCAAAGCAUGAAUAAUAAAAUAUGAUUUAACAGUGAA